AUGCACACCCUAUUCACGGACCAGCGCCAUUAUGGCCACGCACAACCCGGGUACCCAUCGAACGGGCCGACAAUGGCGUCGGCCCACCACUACACGUACGAUCAGUACUCCCGGUACGCGUACGCCGGUUCCGCGUACGCACUGGCCGCCCCACACCAGAACAAGGAGAUGGUGAAACCGCCCUACUCCUACAUCGCCCUGAUCGCGAUGGCCAUCCAGAACUCGGCCGACAAGAAGGUGACACUGAACGGCAUCUACCAGUACAUCAUGGACCGGUUUCCGUACUACCGGGACAACAAGCAGGGCUGGCAGAACUCGAUCCGGCACAAUCUCAGCCUCAACGAGUGCUUCGUGAAGGUGGCCCGGGAUGACAAGAAACCGGGCAAGGGCAGCUACUGGACGCUUGAUCCUGACUCGUACAACAUGUUCGAUAACGGGUCGUUCCUGCGACGGCGCCGUCGGUUCAAGAAAAAGGACGCCCUCAAGGAAAAGGAGGAGCUGAUGAAACGCCAAAGCCUCCUGCUGGACGACAAGAUGGGCGACAUCAAACCGAUCAAGAUCAUGUCGGGUGGGCAUCAUCAUCAUCACCACCAUCACCACACGCUCGAAGGCAAGCAUCAUCAUCAUCACCAAACGGCAGCAGUAGCGGCAGCAGCAGCUCUCGGACAUCAUCAGACGUUCAAGCGCGAACCUGGCCUCGAACUGGCCGCCCAGUGUAUGGUGAAGGAUGGGCUUACAUCGUCGCUGCUGAACACCUGCCAUCCGGACACGUUCGCAACGCAGAUGAACCACCUGUCGGCGACGGCCGGUGACCAUGGCUUUACGGUCGAUUCGCUCAUGAACGUGUACAACCCGCGACUGCAUCACACCUCCUAUCCGUACCACUUCAACGACGACAACCUGAUGUCGGCCUCCGGUGGUCAGCUGAGGCCGCAUCACCAUCACAGCUCGGCACAUCAUCCACCACCGCACGGAGGUUGGUACACGCCCGAAACACCUCCCGAAUCGAUCGGUAACACCUCCGGAAGUAGUACGACCACUCCGACAACUCUGCCCUCGGUCACGGUAACACCCACGGGUGGAUUGGGUGUUGGACUCGGUGUUGGAGGCAUCCCAGGUGGUGGUAAUGGAGGUGUACUAGGUGGUGGCGGUGGUUCCACUCUGCACAAUGGCGGUGGUAUGGGUGGUGGAGGCGCAGGUGUUGGAUUCCGGGACAUGGUGUUCGAUCACAACCAAUCGUCAGCGGCUGCGGCAGCAGCAGCAGCAGCCGUUGCUGUCAACUGUCAGAUGGAACAGGCUGGUAGUCCUGGCAGCAAUAGCCUCACGUCAGCUAGUCCACCUGUGAACUCCGUCGCUGGGCAUCUUGGUGGACAGCUGGGACAUCUUGGCCACUAUCGAUCACAUGUCGGGUACUACCAGGACUGUGGGCUUAAGUACGGCGUGUAA